AUGAGUGAAGGAUUAGAUGUAGAUAACGCCAAAGAAAAGAUAAACUUCAUGUUUACAUAUUGGAAAAAUAUUAAUAAUAAGGAUUUUGAAAAUAGUAAUGCAUUCUGUAUUUUAUCGGGUAAAUCUAGCAAAGAUGAUAAUGCAACGAUUCAAGAACAAUUUCAGAUGUGGCUUUUAGGAUACCAACUAACAGAAACGUUUUUUUUAUUUUGUAAAAAAAAUGAAAAACUAAUAAUACUCACAAGUGAUAAAAAAAAAAAAUUUUUACAACCAUUAUUAGAUAAAAUGAAUAAUAUAACAAUUUUAGAAAGAAAUAAUAAUGAUAAUAGUGAAAAUUUUGAAAAAAUAAAAAAUGAAAUAAAUAUGUUUAAUGAUAAAGAACUAUUAAUUUUAAAAGAUAAAGAUUCUACUGGAAGUUUUUUUGAAGCAUGCUAUGAUUUUAUUAAAAAUUUGAAUAAAACUGAAAUAGAUGUAAAUAAUAAUAUAAAAAGUUUGUUAAAUCUUAGAUCUAAAUCAGAUGUAAAAUUACAAAAAUCAGCUAGCGAUAUAGCUAGCAUUAUAAUGAAAAAUGUUUUGAUAACUACCAUUGAAAAUUCAUUGGAUAGUGAAGAAUAUGAAAGUCAUAAUAAAAUAAAAGAAAAAGUUUUAAAAUUUAAUGAAAAUAAAAAAUGUGUUGUUAAGAUAAAGGAUAAAUUAAAAGCAGAUAUAGAUGAUAUAGAUGUUAUAUAUAGUAGUGUACAAAGUGGUAAUAAUUUUUUGUUAAAUUUCAAAAAUACUAAUGAUAAUAAUUAUUUAUCACAAAAUGAUGGUACUAUAGUUAUAGGUAUAGGUGUCAAAUAUAAAGAAUUGUGUGCAAAUAUAAAUAGAACCUUAUUAUUAAAUGCUAAAGAAUAUCAUAAAGAACUUUAUAAUUUUACGUUUUCUAUACAAAAAUACAUAAUUAACGAUUGUUUAAAAUAUAAUACAUCUUUUUCAGAUGUAUAUAAAAAGGCAAUGCAAUAUAUUAAAGAUAAUAAACGAAACUAUCAAACAAUUGGAAAUAUAAAUUUAGAAAAUUAUUUUAUAAAAUGUUUGGGUCAUGUUAUAGGCUUUGAAUUUAUGGAAAAGGAAUUUUUAAUCACAGUAAAUAAUUCGAAUGCUACGAUUGAAAAAAAUACAUCUUAUAACAUUUCUGUUGGGUUCGAAAAUGUGCAGAUGCCAGAUUCUAAAAAUGUUUUCUCAACAUGGAUCAGUGAUACAGUUUUUGUUAAUGAUAAAGAUGAAAUAACUAUUCUUACAGAUGCAAUAAGUAAAGAAAUAAAUACUAUAUCAUAUGAAUUAGAAGAUAGUGGAAGUGAAAAUGAAGAAGAAAAUAGCGAAGACAAUAAAAAAAAAAAUAUAAAAGAAUCAAAAAAUGUAAAAAGAGAAGGUAGUGAUUAUAAUGAAAGUGAUGAUGAUGAUAGAAAUAAAAAAUCCGAAAAAGUAAAAAAAGAAAAAAAGAAAAACGAAGAUAAUGAAAAUAAAAAAAAAAUUGGAAUAUCUGCAAGUAUAUUAAACAAUGCAUCUAGUGUUAUAGUAUCAGACAGAUUAAGACGACGAAAUAAAAAUUCAUUGGCUCAUAAUAAUGAACAAGAAAUUGAAGAAUUAAAUAAAAGACAAAAUGAAUUAAAAAAUAAAAAAAUCGAAGAAAUUAAAAACAGAUUUUCAGAAGGUACUAAUGAAUAUAAAGAUCUAAAUAAAAAAAAUAUUAAAAAAUUAGAAGAUAUCAAAUCAUAUAAUGAUGCAGAUUUACUUCCUCGGGAUUUAAGAUCUAACAUAAUUCAUGUAGACAAUAAACAUGAAUCAAUUCUAUUACCCGUAAAUGGUGCCCAUAUACCUUUUCAUGUAUCUACAAUUAAAAAUUUAAGUUCGAAUUAUGAAGAUAAUAAUGAUAUAUUUGUUUUAAGAAUAAAUUUUCAAGUUCCAGGAAAUCAGGGAUCACAAAAAGGUGAAUUUAAUUCUUUUCCAAAAUUAAAUGAAAAAGAAAUGUAUAUUAAAGAAUUAAUAUUUAAAUCAAGCGAUGAGAAACAUUUACAGAUACUUGUUAAGCAAGUUAAAGAAUUAAUCAAGCAAGUGAAACAAAAAGAAGUAGAAGCAGAUGUAAAUGAUUCUAAAACUUCAAAUGAAAAAUUAGCUUUAAAUAAAACUGGUAGAAGAAUAGUGUUACGAGAUUUAAUGACACGACCUAAUAUAUUUACUGGUAGAAAAAUUUUAGGAACUUUAGAAUUACAUACUAACGGUUUAAGAUAUUCUGCAAAUUCAAGAGGAACAACAGAAUAUAUUGAUAUUUUAUUUGAUGAUAUUAAACAUGCUUUCUAUCAACCAUGUGAUGGACAAUUAAUUAUAUUAAUUCAUUUUCAUUUAAAAAGAUAUAUUAUGGUAGGAAAAAAAAAAACGUUAGAUGUUCAGUUUUAUUGUGAAGUAGGAACACAAAUAGAUGAUCUUGAUCGAGCUAAAGCUCGAAAUGUAUAUGACCCUGAUGAAAUGCAUGAUGAAAUGAAAGAAAGAGAGCAAAAAAAUAAAUUAAAUCUUAUUUUUAAAAAUUUUGUACAACAAAUGCAAGAUAUAUCAAAAAUCGAAUUCGAAAUACCAUAUCCAGAAUUAACAUUUUCAGGUGUUCCAAACAAAAGUAAUGUUGAAAUAUUUGUUACUGCCAAUACUAUUAAUCAUUUAAUUGAAUGGCCACCUUUUAUAUUAUCUGUAGAAGAUAUUGAAAUUGCAUCUCUAGAAAGAGUACAUCAUGGUUUAAGAAACUUUGAUAUGAUUUUUGUUUUUAAGGAUUAUACUAAGCCUGUAAAAAGAAUUGAUGUUAUACCUGUCGAAUAUAUAGACACAAUUAAAAAAUGGCUAACUACUAUUGACAUAGUAUAUUAUGAAGGAAAAAAUAAUCUUCAAUGGGGAAAUAUACUCAAAACUAUUCUUGCAGAUAUUGAAUCUUUUGUUAAUUCCAAGGGAUUUGAUGGAUUUUUAGGAGAAGAUGAUGAUGAAGAAGAACAGUCUGCUGAAGAUGAAGAUGAGGACGACGAAUAUGAAGUUGAUGAAUCAGAAAUGAGUGCAGAAGAAGACAGUGAAUAUGAAGACAGUGAAGAAGAAAGUUUAGCCACAGAAAGUGAUGGGGAUGAAGAAGUUGAAGAAGACUCAGAUGAUGAAGGAUUAUCUUGGGACGAGCUUGAGGAAAGAGCUAAAAAAGACGACAAAAAACGAUUUGCAUAUCAAAGUGACGAUGGUGAUGAUAGUGAAGGAUACAAUAAAAGAAAGAGGAAAAAAAAUUAA